UUGCCAGUCACUGUGCUCUGAGAACGAGUUCUACUGCAAAGCCACUGCAACGAACAGGUCUCUGGAAGUGUUUUUUUCUCCUCAAAGUGCUGAAAGGAAAACGGUUAACCUCUUCUCCUUCCUCUCUCACCAGGUGUGAAUAGGAAGUUGUCCCUUGUUAUUGUGUCUUUCCUUGGUCAUCUCUGUCCUGUCCCGUACUGUACUUCUGACGAUAGAGAACGUGUCUGCACAGACCUUGACUCACCACCGGGAGUCCCACACCGCCUUACCAGCCGUAAGGAAAGACCUCCCCGGCCACCACUAACCCCCAUCAUGGCAGACAGUCGCCAACCUGAGGACAGCCACCCCCAUUGGGACACGUCAGGGGCACAGGACCCCUCUCCCCCCCCAGCCCACGGGGCUAACGGCUACCCCCCCUCAUACAGGGCGUGCCAGCCAGGGACGGCCCAUGGAGCAGCACCCCCCUCCUACACCUCCAGGGAGAACGGAUUCAAUGGAGACCAUGCAGUUACGGCUGAGCAAGUUUCUGCACGAAUCGUGCAAGAGGUGACAGCAGAAGCAGUGGCAGUACUGAAGGGAGAACAGGAGACAAGACUGCAGUCAGUUGAAGACACGGCAAACCUGCCCCCUCUCCUCCUCCCUCACCUGCUGCUGAGCACUGCUUUAGACCCCUGGAGCAAGAUGUAGGGGAUGAGGAGAAGGAGGUCUGCCCUCUCCGCCGCUUCCAAAAUUCUCGGGAGAGGUGCAAGUUCCUCGCCCCCUCCAUCUCUGUGUCUGUGCCCGAGGAUGACCCCUACCACUCUGACGAGGAAUACUAUGAUCACCCCUUGUUCAGCCCUGAGUGGGAUCGCUCGGUCUCCUCUCGGCCCACAGUGCUGGCCGCUGCCUUUAGACAGAUCCAAGAGACUGUCGAGGCUCUUACAGAUAACUUCAAAGAGGAGGAGGAGGAGGAGGAGGAGGAGGAGGAGGAGGAAGAAGUGUUGAUGUUGGAGGAGGAGGAGGAGAUGGAAGGGGCAGCAGCAGAAAUCGUGGCUGCUCUUGAGGAGCUGUGGAGUGGGGAUGAGCCUGAGCCAGACGGCCCCCCAACCAAGCCCUUAGAACAGGCUGCGGCUGUAGGCGAGGCCCAGGCUGAGCUCCCUGUGCAGGCAGUGGCAUUUAGUGCUGCUCUUGAUGGCCCUAACGGGAGGGAGGAGGAGGUUGAGGAGGUGGUGGCAGUGCCUGAGGGGAAGGAGGAGAGCCUUGAUGAAGACUUAAAGAUGGACAUGGAGAAACCAGGCAGUGAGAGUGGAUGCCUCAGCCCAGACACUGAACCAGAGUGUCCAGCUUUCUCCAGCGGGUACCACACAGCACCCCCCCUGUCCCCCAAAACAGAAAUGGCUUCUCCAUCCCCUUCCCUUUCUAACAGCCAAGCCAAAGAGCCUACCAAAAUGUCUAUACCAGAUGAACCUAAAACAGUCUCAGAGAAGCAGCCGUCAGUGGAAGUUCUUGAGUCCAGUAACCUCACAACGGUUGCAGUGUCUGGGUUCACUAGAGCUGGAGACAAAGAUCAAGGUCAAGGUGUCUCCUCUGACUCUAACAAAGACAAAUCUGGCAUGUCGUCUUAUUUCGAGACUUUGGCCCUGAAGGCAGAUGAGGGAUCCAAGGAGGCUCAAGCAGCAGAAGGUUAUUAUGAACUGAGCACCGCAGGUCAAGAGAAGAGCUUAGGAAGAAGCUCCCCAACCGUUACGUCACACCCUGAGAUCAACUACAGCAUGUUGGCACAAACACAGUCAGUGGAGAAGAAGCCAGACACCAAGACGAGUCCGAUGGGAGAUCAAAAGGAUACCUUACCGGCCCUGGACAGGAGCAACGAAUGUAGGCUUUCCCCCGGGAAGUUGGCCCUGGAUCAGAGAAGCUACUCUCUCAACAUUACGAUUGGAUCGAUGGAUCCCAGUGGCCAGGGCCUACCUAGGAACUUCUCCCCACUGGCCACGGACAUCAUGUCUUUUACCAGUGGCAGUCUGGAUGAGUCUGUCAACUAUCUCCCAGUUACCACCCUGUCUGCAGAGAAGGUGCCCCCGCCUUUCCCUCCCCUGAUCCUGGAGACGGCCGCCUCAGUCACGUCCGACUCCUCGUCUCCUCCCUACAACACAGGAGAGAUCCCCGGCGAAAAGACCAGCCCCCAGGGGUCAGAGUCGCCAGAGUCUCCCUUUCCACCCAAAUACUACUACAAAAACGGGACAGUCAUGGCUCCUGACCUACCUGAGAUGCUGGACCUUGCAGGCACCAGGUCUAGACUAGCUUCUGAGAACAAUGACCCAGACACCAUGAGGAGGAAGUCUGUCCCUGCAGACGCCCAAGGCAUUGGGAGCGACUCCCUGGCCAACCUGGUCCUGGGGGACCAGAAUCAGAGCCAGAGUCUUGCCAAGAGUGAGAGCCAGCUGGAAGAGUUGGGUUACUGUGUGUUCAGUGAGUACUCAGGGCCCAUGCCUUCCCCUGCUGACCUCCAUAGUCCCAUUGACUCCCCGCCCCAGCGCUUCACCCCUAUGGCUCUGGAGGAAAAGAUGGCAGAGGAAAAACUGAAGAUUGAAGCUAGAGACAAACUAGCCGAAGACGAGAAGACAAAUCAGUUAAUUGUGUGUGACGGUUCCAAAGAAAAGGAAGAAGCAAAACAAGUGGGACGGAAAGAUUCCGCUUCAGAGGAAAAAGACAACAAAGAGAUCAGCCAUGAAAAAUCUGCCAUGGAGGACCAAAACGACAAACCGGCUUCAGCUCUGAAGUCAGCAGAGUCCUUUGUGACUCCUACGGUAAUGGUCACCCUGGAUGUGGAGGGAAAGGCAGAGAACGAGGGACCAGAGACAGAUGCUGAGAUAGCUGCCUACGAGAGGCAGAUCCGCCGGCUGGAGAUGGAGGACAGGCCCCUGAGCAUGGAGGAGGAGCGAGAGCUGCAGGAGUUAAGGGAGAAGGUGAAGGACAAAUUCUUGGUGCACCAGGAGGCAUACGAGGAGGUGGAUGCCGAAGAUGUCUACCAACUGACUGGGGUUGCCAAGGACCGGAUCAGCAGGCCCGCCAGGCCCUCCCCGGCCUCCUCCGUGGAGAGCACCACAGAAGAAGAGAAGGUUCCAGUUGUGGACACCGAGAAACCUAAACAGACGGUAGGUCAGACAACGCCUCCAAAGGUUGACUUCAUGGCAGCAUCUCCAUCUGUGUCAGGUGGUGGUGUGAGCACCACAGAAGAAGAGAAGGUUCCAGUUAUGGACACCGAGAAACCUAAACAGACGGGAGGUCAGACAACGCCUCCGAAGGUUGACUUCAUGGCGACAUCUCUAUCUGUGUCAGGUGGUAGUGUGAGCACCACAGAAGAAGAGAAGGUUCCAGUUAUGGACACCGAGAAACCUAAACAGGCGGGAGGUCAGACAACGCCUCCGAAGGUUGACUUCAUGGCGACAUCUCCGUCUGUGUCAGGUGGUGGUGUGAGCACCACAGAAGAAGAGAAGGUUCCAGUUAUGGACACCGAGAAACCUAAACAGACGGGAGGUCAGACAACGCCUCUGAAGGUUGACUUCAUGGCGACAUCUCCGUCUGUGUCAGGUGGUGGUGUGAGCACCACAGAAGAAGAGAAGGGGAAAGUUAGCGAAGAGAAGCAGGUUGUAGAGGUCAAAGAAAAUAACAUAGAAGAAAAGCAAAAGGAAGAUGGGGAGGAGGAUAAUAUAGAGCAGGUGGUGGAACAGGAGGAAAUCAUGAUAGAGAUAAAACCAACAAAUCCUGGAGAGAAAGACGAGAAGUUUGAGAAGGAUAUAAUGAAAGACAAGGAGGAAGAAGAAGAAGAAGAGGAAGAUGGUGAAGUUCUGGCAGGGGCAGGAGCAGCAGUGGAUGACGUUCCAGAGCCCAGAGCUGUCAUAGAGUCAGUGGUGACUGUAGAAGAUGACUUCAUCACUGUAGUCCAGACCAUCGACGAGGGCGAGGAGCCAGGACACAGCGUGCGUUUCUCUGCUCCACCUGAGCCUGAGACACCACAGGCUCUCCACGAGCAGGAGGAAGAGGAGGAGGAGGAGUCCCAGGAGGUGGAGAUCAUGGAGGCAGCAAGUCUGGAGGAGGUGGGGGAUGUCUCAGAGGAGGUCUGUGAGAAGGAGGUGCAGGCCUCCCCAGAGAAGGAGGUGCAGACAGAGACCGAGGGACAGACAGAGAGCUACGACAGAGACGAGACCACCAUGGACGACUCAAUCCUAGACAGCUCUUGGGUCGACACUCAAGACCUCUGCACUGUAGAUGUGGAUGAUGACAAGAGCAUGGCUACAGAGCAGAUCGAGCCCCUGAGAGCCGACCGGGUCCCAGCCCCACCAGUCAAGAAGGAGAAGACUCCCCAACAGCAGAAGCAGGAGAAGCAGACAGUGAAUCCCAAGGCUAAAGGGGGGCGGGUGAAAGCGCGCGAGGGGCACGUCUCCACACCAGAACGUAAACCCAUUCACAAGCAGCCGGUCUAUAUCCCCAGGGAGGACGUCAAGAAGAAAAAAGCCGUGAUUAAGAAGACUGAGCUGACCAAGAAAGCUGAGAUGCGCUCCUCUCCAUCCCGGAAGAGUGCGUUAAAGUCUACUGCGGUCCGACACUCGCGUCCUGCCCAGGCCCACCCCUGUGCUAGGAGGAAACCUACAGUGGGUGUACCAGAGGGUCGUCGGCCCCUCAGUGUUGCUAGACAGUCUCGUGACAGAGCCUCAGUGGAGCUUGAUAGGCCCCGUCCCUCCUCGGUCGGGCCUCGUGACUCCCCAACACUACACAGACUGAUAGACGUGGAUGGUGGUUCUCAGAGCCCAAAGAGGUCAUCCCUGCCGCGGCCUACCUCUAUCCUGAGCCGGCGUACCCACCACCACUCACACGACCAGGAGGAGAGCUCCACCUCAAUCACCAGCUCCGGCUCCACCGCACCUCGCAGACCUAAGUCGUUCCGUACAGAGGUCAGGGCGGAGCAUAGAACAGGACGUGCCCCUAGUUGGACAGGCACACAGUCAAUGCGUUCCCGCUCGCUGUGCAGCGGUCCCACCACACCCCGCACCCCAGGGUCCACAGCCAUCACCCCUGGAACCCCUCCCAGCUACAGCUACUCCUGCCGCACACCCGGAACCCCUCGCACCCCCGGCACACCACGUUCACUCAGCCUGCUGCAGGAGAAGAAGGUGGCUCUGCUCCGCACCCCUCCCAAGUCCCCUGCCACCACCCCCAAACAGCUUCGCGUCCUCAACCAGCCUCUGCCAGACCUCAAAAAUGUCAAGUCUAAGAUCGGCUCCACAGACAACAUCAAUUACCAGCCCAAGGGGGGCCAGGUGCAGAUCCAGACCAAGAAGAUUGACCUGAGUCAUGUGACCUCCAAGUGUGGAUCCCUGGACAACAUUCGCCACCGGCCAGGGGGAGGUAACGUGCGCAUAGAAAAUGUGAAGCUGGACUUCAAAGACAAGGCCCAGCCCAAGGUGGGUUCCCUGGAUAAUGCACACCACACCCCUGGUGGAGGCCUCAUUAUGAUCGAGAGCCACAAGCUGUUGUUCCGUGACACGGCCAAGGCCCGGGUGGACCACGGGGCGGAGAUCAUCAUGACCCAGUCACCGGGAACGGGCAUGUCAGGGACGCUGUCCCCCCACCUCCACAGCCACCUGUCCUCCUCCGACAGCAUCAACUUGCUGGAGCCUCCACAGCUAGCCACACUGGCUGACGAUGUCACCACUGCCCUGACCAUGCAGGGUUUGUGAGAGCCUUGACAACCUCUACCUGGAUACUUUGACCCCCACCCUGCCUCCAGUCAAUCCCAGCCCAGAUAUCCAGGCACGCAGACACCCCAGGCACCGGACACCUUCACCCUUCCUCCAGCCACCAUAUCCCCCAGGCCUGGACCCUCCUCACCCCGUCCUGCCUCCAGUUUCACUCCAGUCCACCACAGCCCUGAACACCUUACCCCUGCCUACAGUCUCCCUCCAGUCCAGCCCAGCCCUGAACACCUUCCCCCUACCUACAGUCUCCCUCCAGUCCACCCCAGGCCUGAACACCUUACCCCUGCCUACAGUCUCCCUCCAGUUCACCCCAGCCCUGAACACCUUACCCCUGCCUACAGUCUCCCUCCAGUCCACCCCAGCCCUGAACACCUUCCCCCUGCCUACAGUCUCCCUCCAGUCCACCCCAGCCCUGAACACCUUACCCCUGCCUACAGUCUCCCUCCAGUCCACCACAGCCCUGAACACCUUCCCCCUGCCUACAGUCUCCCUCCAGUCCACCCCAGCCCUGAACACCUUACCCCUGCCUACAGUCUCCCUCCAGUCCACCACAGCCCUGAACACCUUCCCCCUGCCUACAGUCUCCCUCCAGUCCACCCCAGCCCUGAACACCUUACCCCUGCCUACAGUCUCCCUCCAGUCCACCACAGCCCUGAACACCUUCCCCCUGCCUACAGUCUCCCUCCAGUCCACCCCAUCCCUGAAUACCUUACCCCUGCCUACAGUCUCCCUCCAGUCCACCCCAGCCCUGAACACCUUACCCCUGCCUACAGUCUCCCUCCAGUCCACCCCAGCCCUGAACACCUUCCCCCUGCCUACAGUCUCCCUCCAGUCCACCCCAGCCCUGAACACCUUACCCCUGCCUACAGUCUCCCUCCAGUCCACCACAGCCCUGAACACCUUCCCCCUGCCUACAGUCUCCCUCCAGUCCACCCCAGCCCUGAACACCUUACCCCUGCCUACAGUCUCCCUCCAGUCCACCACAGCCCUGAACACCUUCCCCCUGCCUACAGUCUCCCUCCAGUCCACCCCAGCCCUGAACACCUUACCCCUGCCUACAGUCUCCCUCCAGUCCACCACAGCCCUGAACACCUUCCCCCUGCCUACAGUCUCCCUCCAGUCCACCCCAUCCCUGAAUACCUUACCCCUGCCUACAGUCUCCCUCCAGUCCACCCCAGCCCUGAACACCUUACCCCUGCCUACAGUCUCCCUCCAGUCCACCACAGCCCUGAACACCUUCCCCCUGCCUACAGUCUCCCUCCAGUCCACCCCAGCCCUGAAUACCUUACCCCUGCCUACAGUCUCCCUCCAGUCCACCCCAGCCCUGAACACCUUCCCCCUGCCUACAGUCUCCCUCCAGUCCACCACAGCCCUGAACACCUUCCCCCUACCUACAGUCUCCCUCCAGUCCACCCCAGCCCUGAACACCUUACCCCUGCCUACAGUCUCCCUCCAGUCCACCCCAGCCCUGGACACCUUCCCCCUGCCUACAGUCUCCC